UUUGUAGGUGACUUACUUAAAUUUAUAUUAAUGGAUAAUAAAACUGAAGAUAACUUGAAAGGAGCGCAAAUUAAUAAUUCUGACAAAGUUGAAGAACAAAAGAAUGACACAUCAUUUUCCUCUUCAUCUUCAACUGGAAGUUCUUCAAAUAAAACGAAAGAAGGAAAUCUUAAAAAGCAAAAGCGCAAGUCUGAUGAAAGUGGAGGGGAUUGUUCAACCAUUCUUUCAUCGUCUUGCUCAGCUCCUGUCUCUUCUGAUGAAAGUAAUGGAGUAAUUGAUGGGAAAGGUGAUUCUGAAAAUAACAAUAUUGGUGAUGGAACAGGAGGUGAAGGUACUGCAGGUACAGCAUGUUUUAAUGAUUCCAAAGCUGAAACAGAGGAGGAUGAUUAUAUUUUGGAGGGUUCUGGAAUGUCAAAUAACACUCACGUUAAUGGAAUUGGAGAGGGAAGUGGCUGUAAUGGAAAUAAUGAGGGACUUGGUGGUGAACAUCUUCAAGCGUUGAAUUUAGAAAAUGGGGGAACUCCUUGUGAAUGUGUUCAAUGCGAAGUCUGUAUGGCUGAAAAUUGGUGGAGAAUGGCUGCUUAUCAAAAUACAAUGUUGCAGCAACAAGAGGGUGGAGGAAGUAGUGAAGCUGGAGCUUCACCAGGGUUUGAAAUUACUGAAAAUCCGAGAGCUGCUAGCGCGGCCGAAGGUUUAGGAUUAAUUGGAUCAGCUGCUGCAAUGAUGCUUAGUCAACAUUCUGGUGUUUCUGCUCCCACUGAAGAGGAAGUUUUUCGGGCUGAUUUUUCAAUGCCAAAACUGAGGGAAUUUUUUGAGUGCCAAAAACAAAUGGGAAUCCCAAAUUUUCCUGAAGAUUUUGGUUUGCGAAUUUUUUUAUAA